AUGCCUGAAACAUCCACAUUUCGAGAUUUCCUUUCAGAUCCCUCAAAAAUUCUUGUUCUUGAUGGUGGCCUGGGAACUGAUCUGGAGGUCUUAACCGACGAGACUGACCAUCCUCUAUGGUCGUGCAAUGCUAUUAUAAACUCACCAGAUCUCAUUACCAGGCUUCAUGAAUCGUAUCUGGAAGCUGGCGCUCACUGUAUCAUCACAAACAGUUAUCAAGCCACAACGUAUGGACUGGCAAAGUAUCGUAAUAUGUCUCAAGAGGAGGCCGUCAAAGUGAUUGCGAAGUCGGUUGAUGUGGCUCACGAAGCAAGGCGCCGCUUUUUGGCCACUCAUGGAGAAGCAGCACCCAUUUUUGUGGCAGGUUCGGUAGGAUCGUAUGGUGCUUAUUUGGCAGAUAAAUCGGAAUACGAUGGCAGUUACGCUCAUAGCGUUUCUGUAGAAACUUUUAAAGAUUUUCAUCGGCCACGCAUUGCCACGUUAAUAAAGUCUGGUGUUGAUGCUCUAGCAGUAGAGACUCAACCAUGUGCAGAUGAAGUACUGGCAAUUGUGGAUUUAUUGGAAAAAGAAUUCCCUUUGAUACCCGCUUGGAUAAGCUUUACUCUAAAUACCAAGCAUCUUGACACUCAAAUUGCCGAUGGCACUAAGUUUGAGGAUAUUUUACCAGUACUCGAUGCAUCGAAUGUGGUUGUUGCCAUCGGUAUAAACUGUGUGCCAUUUCAUUGUGUCACAUCUGUAUUAGGGAAAAUGUCAUCUCUAACGACAAAACCUCUGAUAGUGUAUCCCAACGCUCCCGGUGCCUAUGACAAUGCCACUAAAAGUUGGGUAAAGCCUGAUGUAUUCAAUAAACUUGAAGAUACACUGGCGGGAAAGUGUGAAGCUUGGAUACGCAAUGGGGCACGCUUGAUAGGUGGAUGUUGUCAUACCGAUAAAGCUGCCAUUCAAGAUUUAUCACACAAACUCAGCAAUCCUUUUCAAUAA